UUGUCUGUAGGAUAAGCGCCACCUUUGUAAGGGAACAACAUGACUGCUAUGUCGCAUACUGCAAUUAGGCACGGAGUUCAGUUAUAUUAAGCUAAUUGGAGACGUUAUAGAACAUGCCAACUAUCAUGAAUCGCCAGAGCCCAUAGGUGUUUUUUAACAUCACGGGAAGUGUGCGAUCGAAAACCAAGAGGGGGGGCCCCAGAGCCUGCCUUGCCGCACCAAGCAACAUAGCGCGUCUAACCAGGGACUGCAAUUCCCGUAGUGCCUCAGGCUCGGCAACUUCAGAUGACUGAAUCGAAAGGAGGAGUAGCCGGAAGAGGCUGCUACUGAUGCCAUGUUGCGGGAGUUUUUCGCGGGAUAUUUACUAUGAUGUUAGGACAAGUAUAUGACUGCCUCUCUGCCCGUGUAUAACUAAUUAACCUUUGCAGACCUUAAAAAGCAUUUAGUGUUGUUACCGUUCCGCAUCGCAUUUUAUUGUUUUAGGCUAUGAUGGCUCAGUCUGCUGAGGUUCUUGGUACAUCACAAGUCGGCAGUUUCGGUAACAACGUGCAGUGCCCAGUGUGCAGUCUAGAGAUUUCAGCGGGGCAGAUUAAUUCCCAUUUAGACUCAUGCCUGCAGGGGAAGGCUGUGGGGGGUGUGCCUGGGAAGAAAAGACGCCUUUCUUCAAAUGAAGAAUCAGGUAAAGAGGUGGCUCAACAACCUGGGAAGCAGUUUGGGCCAGCAGGUCCCACCUUUCCUCUCUUUAACAAAUCAAAAUCUUUUACUGGACCAUCUGAAUGUGCCACCCAAUCUUUAUGUACGUCUCCAAGUAGCAGAAAGCAGGGGGUAAGUGUAUCUUCUGCUGAGGCUCUUCACUGUCAAGAAGAUGAUGACUACAGGCUUCCCCAACACAACCUUACUCCAGAUGCCAAGAAACCAAAUAACUUGUCUGAAAAAUUGAAUGGGAAACCUUUGGCAGAUAAAAUGAGACCUACUGACCUUAAUGACUAUAUGGGUCAGAAAAAAGUGUUAGGAGAAAACACCCUGCUUAGAAAUCUUCUUCAAUCAAAUGACAUUCCUUCCAUCAUACUCUGGGGACCUCCUGGCUGUGGCAAGACCACAUUGGCCCAUAUAAUUGCAAAAAACACACACAAAAGCAGCUGUAGGUUUGUGACUCUGUCAGCCACAAGUGCUUCUACCAGUGAUGUGCGAGAAGUCAUCAAGCAAGCCCAAAAUGAACAGCGUCUCUUUAAGAGGAAAACUAUUCUUUUUGUGGAUGAAAUUCAUCGUUUCAACAAGACACAGCAGGACACCUUUCUUCCUCACGUUGAAUGUGGAACAAUCACACUGAUUGGGGCCACCACAGAAAAUCCUUCUUUCCAGGUGAACACUGCUCUAUUGAGUCGAUGCCGUGUAAUUGUCCUGGAGAAACUGUCUGUGGAAGCAAUGGAGGCUAUCUUGAUGCGAGCAGUAGGAUCAUUGGGGAUAAAGGUCCUAAAAGUCGGAGAGCAGCCUGUCCACAGCAGCAGUGAUGUGUCAGAGACCCCAAUAUAUGUUGAAGAGAAAGCUUUAACUACUCUUGCGCACCUCUGUGAUGGUGAUGCUAGAACAGGUCUUAAUGGCCUUCAAUUGUCUGUUCAAGCAAGUUUAGCAGCAGAGAAAGAUCCCAUAGAACAUGGGAUUAUUAUAAAAGAAGAGCACAUCAAGGAAGGAUUACAGCGCUCCCACAUCCUCUAUGACCGUGCUGGGGAAGAACACUACAACUGUAUUUCAGCACUUCACAAAUCUAUGCGUGGCUCUGAUCAGAAUGCUUCAUUAUAUUGGCUUGGUCGAAUGCUUGAGGGUGGAGAAAAUCCAUUGUAUGUAGCAAGACGGCUGGUGAGAUUUGCAAGCGAGGAUGUAGGACUAGCAGAUCCUCAGGCCCUAACACAAGCGGUAUCCACUUACCAGGCCUGCCAUUUUAUAGGAAUGCCAGAAUGUGAAGUUAUAUUAGCACAGUGUGUCAUGUACCUGGCUUGUGCUCCAAAAUCAAUUUCAGUGUAUAGUGCCUACAAUAAAGUAAAGGAGUGCUUGAAGAACCACAAGGGUCCACUUCCAUCUGUCCCUCUUCACUUGAGAAAUGCACCAACAAAAUUAAUGAAAGGUUUAGGUUAUGGUAAAGGCUAUAAAUAUAACCCAUUGUUCUCCGAACCAGUAGAGCAAGACUACAUGCCUGAGGAAAUGAAAGGGGUCACAUUUGUUUGAACAUCUACAUCAAUGUCAAAAUCUCUUGUUCUGUGAACAGGUGCAUUGUCACAUUCCUAUCUGGGGAAGGAAAGACACUUUUAAUUGCACGUAUAAUAAGUUUUGGGUAUGGAAUCAAUUGGGGAUCCCUUUGUUUGCAAAGCUAAACAUAUGGGGAUGCUAUUUCCCAUAGAACACAAUUUAAACAAUUGAUUUUUUUUUCUCUGUAGUAAUAAUAAUACAGUAUCAUAGUGUUUGCUAAACUAACACACAUCCACAUCAAUAACAAAACAAUCCUAGCGGAGUUGUUGUGUAAAUGUUUUUAGGAGCCUUAAGGCAUGCUGCUUUAAAUUUCAGAAAGAGCCCAUACCCAGAAAACCCAAGAAUAUCUGCCAUACUUCUGUCUGUCUGGCAUCCCUGUGUGAGUAAGAUAGUUGUCUGUCAGUUGUAACAUGAAGUUACAGGUUUCUUUGUUUUAGAGAUAUAGUUAAAUAUCCCCAUACCCAUAAUUUAUUCGGGCAUGGUAUAUUGUAUGCACUAAAGUGAUUCCCAACCACAGUGGAUAGUGGCAACCUUAUUUUUCUGUACCAAAAAAGUAUAAUAGCAGUGUACAAUUACAAUUUCCCAAGAUUAAAAGAAAACAGUUUCCAUGUGUGUUUUACACAAACUACUGUUUAACUGCCAGCUUUGUUUGUAAGUUAAAGCCUACAGAAAAUUGGUCAGUGGCAGAGUUAGGCUGAUGGCAGACGAGGCGUAGGGCGGUAUUUUCAGCAAGCGCUUUUCCGCUUGCUGAAAAUAUCCGUCCUACGCCUCGUCUGCCAUCAGCCUUAAGGGGAAACACAAACACUGCCUCCUUAUUGGCCUGUUAAUGUAUUUCUUUUGAAUAUUUGUCCUUUAGUACACAAAGUUUCUUUGCUCCUCUUUCAAUAAAUAUUUGUUAAUGUUCAUCAGUA